AUGCGCCCCUUUGCUGCUGCUGGCUCAGGCACCGCCCUCAGGACUUCUGCUUUUCGGGCCCUCUCCGCUCCCUCCGGCUCCCCUUCCCACUUCACCCCGUCGGGCCUCGCCCGCUGCUCCGCCGCCAUGUCGUCUGCCGCCUCCCCAUCCCACACUCCGAUGGAGGACGCAAUCCGGGCUAAGCUCGGCGCUGCCCUCUCCCCCACGCACCUCGAGAUCUACAAUGACUCGCAUCUGCACUCCCACCACAAGGCCAUGCAGGGCUCAACGUCCAAGGAGACCCAUUUCCGCCUCGAGAUCACCUCCGACGCCUUCAAGUCCAAGAUGCAGCCUGCCAGACACCGCAUGGUCUACGCCCUGCUCAAGGACGAAAUGGCCGUGGAGGGUGGCAUCCAUGCCCUGCAGCUGAAGACGCGGACGCCUGAGGAGGAGGAGCGCGCGAGGCAGAAGGAGUCAAGCUAA